AAGUCGCGAUCACGUCUGAGAAUACCCAAAUAACUCGCCGCGGUUAUAUCCCACCUCAAGGGAAAAAAAAUCUCCCGAAAAUCGAGCGAGCGAGUGCCUUGCUGCGCACCUCAAACAUGGACGCAGUUAUUGACGCGCGCUUUGAGCGCGUUGAGAAGGCUCUUGCCGCUCUGAUAGAUUCAAUCGCAAAAUACAAUCCCUCGUUACAGGUCGGGAACGACCUAAUUGCCGCAGAGGAAGAGCUCCAGGAUGGGCUGGCUCAAGUUCAAAGACACCAGGAAAACCACGUCCACAUCAAAAACCUGCGGGACGCCUCGACCGCCCUCGACAACCAGAUCCGCGGCACGCUCGUGACCCUCUCCACAACCCGCAAGGAGAUGACCAGCACCCCGGGCACCAUUUUCCCAGACAAGCAGCCCAAUGAGAUCUCGUUCGAUGAGCUCCUCAGCUACGCCCGCCGCAUCAGCAAGACGACCCUCCCUCCCGCCGGGGUGACCAACGGCGUCGUGGCCCCGCCGUCCAACGACGACGACCAGUCGCAGCAGCAGAACCAGCUCUCCAGCGCCGCGCCUUCCGCUGCCGCCACACCCAACGGCACAGCGCCUCCAACUCCGGCCCCAGCCUCGGCGCUGACACCCCAGCCGCAGCAGCAACCCCAGACCACCAUCGCCAGCGCCGCCGCGUCGCCCCCUUCCCAACCCGCCGCCAACGUCCUCCCCCAGGACUGGAGCAACUGGCUGAACCCGCACACGGGCACGCUCUUCAUCCCCUGGCCGCAGGACAAUCAGAUCCGCAUCGGCGCCCUGUCGGCCAACGAGAUCCUGGCCGAGCGCGGUGUAGUCAUCAAGGGCUUCGACCCGGUUGAGGAGGAGCGCCGGGCCGCCGAAGCCGCCGCCGAGGCUAAGCGCCGCGAGGAGGAGCUGGCAGAGGCUGAGCGUGUCGCCAUGGCUGAGCGCGAGGCUCAGGCGCGCGCCGAGAUGGAGCGUCGCCGCGAGGCCAGGGAGCGCGAGCAGAGGGAGGCCCUGCGCAGGGGGAGCACCGCGUUGGAUGCCGGUGCUGCGGCGUCCGUGGGUCUCGCGUCGCCGACGUCGGCCAGCCCCGCUGUCAAGAAGCAGUUUCAGUUCAUGGGCGAUGAUGACGACGACGAUGACUCUGACUGACGAUCGGAUUCGUGUACAUAGGCCUCACGUGGGCUUGAGCAGACCGCAAUAUUCGAGGCGACUGAAUAAUUCACGGCAGCAGGUACUUUGGCCAGCCAUUAAUGUUAUCUAUAUUAUAACCCAGUGCAAACAGACCAUCAAUUAGCAUUGUCUGCAAGAACGCUCCCGCAAAAGAAACAAUUGAAAUCAUAUUCCCCGACUUUUGGUUACUCGCUGCCCGUAACCGAAAUGUUACACUAACUGACCUACAGUUGGUUCUCUACGUAGACGCUAGCACAAAUAAAAAGCAAGCCAAAUAAAAACAAAGUCAUGAAAUGCUAGCGAGACAUGGUGCCAGCCUGAUCAACACUUUAUACAGUAUACAUCAUACAACCAACUUUGCCCUCCUUGUC